AUGUCUGAUAGUAAAACUACUCCUAGAAAUCAUGGAAGAUCUAAGACUAAAACAAGUAUCAUAAAUCUUUUUAAAUUAUAGGUGAGAAUUUGUAAAUACAUUACAAAAAACCAUCUAAUGCUAAUGAUAGAUUAGUCGUUAAUAAAUUAGGUAUGAAAUUUGAUCCUGUUUGUUGGAAAAAGAAUCAUGAAAAAGGUAGAAUACAAUUUGUUUGUAUUGUAAAUCUAUAUAUCAUUAUUAAAAAGGAAUCUAAUUGUAAUGCUGAUAGAAGACUAGCUUGUGCUCAUUGUAUUAUUGAAGAACAUGAUUAACAUAUUUCUAAUAAGGUUACUGUUGAAUAAUAUUGUGAUGCUUUUGAAAGUAAUUUCAAAUGCUAUCUAUUUUAAGUAACCUUUUGAAAUUCUAAAUAGGUAGCUAAAUUAGAGGAAUAUUACAAUAAAUGUAAAUUGAUAGAUUUAAUUGAUCUAAUUGAUAAAGAUAUUAAUACAAUUCUUGAUGUUGUUAAACAAUAAUUAAGAGCAUUAAGAGAUUUUUAUGUUUAAGAAAUUUAAACUAAUGCAGAAUAAAAUAAUUCCUCUUUAAUCUCAUUUUAUAAUUCAGAAAGAUAAACUCUUUCCAAAAUUAAAGAAUAUGCAUAAAAAAAUCUAUUUGAAAUGACUCCUGCUGAAAUGGAUCAUAGUAUGUUAUUAAUGGGUACAACACAUUUAGAUAAAUUUAAUAAUAAAUUCUCUGAAUUUGAUGACCAGACCUCAUCAUUAUAAAAUACUAUGAAAUCUUAAUGGAAAUUAAUAUAUCAAUAAUUAGAGGAAUCAAUUAUAGAUAUCAUUACUUAAAUUGGUUAAAAUAAUUUUAAUUUUGUAUAACCAAUAAUUUAAGAGUUUCCUUAAGAAUAAAUUUCAACUAAAAAUUUAAACGCUAAUUCAUAAUCAAUCUAAAUUAUAAAUUAAUCAUAAUAACAAUAGUAAUAAUCAUAAUAGUAAUAAUAAUAAUAGUAAUAAUAAUAGUAAUAAUAAUAGUAAUAAUAAUAAUAAUAAUAAUAAUAAUAAUAAUAAUAAUAACAAUAAUAGUAAAAUAAUUAAUAACCUAAUUUAGAUUUUUAAAGACUCAGCUUAUAAAAUUGUAAAAAUACAACUAAAUAGAUUAAUUAAUAAUAAUAAUAUAAUUCACUGUAAGCUUAUCUCUAUUAAUAAUUGCCUCCCUAACCUUCCUAAAAUUCUUAACACUCUUAAUCAAUAAAAAAAGAAGUUAGUAAACAUAGUGGAAACACUGUAUUGUAAUAAUCAAGCAAAUAACUAUCGCAAUCCAGUAAUUAACAUUAAUCAAGCAAUUAAUUAUAAUCUAAUAGUCCAAAAGCUUCAUCUGAAAAUUAAGGUUUUAAAUAAAUUUAAGGAAUAUGUUAAUAAGUGACAUCUCCUUUAAAAAGUGGAUUAAACACAGCAUCCUUUGGUAAUUUAGGUAGCAGUAAUUAGAAAUCUUUGAAAAAUAUCACUCAAGCUAAUAAUAAUUAAGUGAAUGUUUAAGCAUCUAAAGAAACAUAAAAUAAUUCAAAUACUAAAGGGAACUCUCAUAUUAGAUAAACAAGUCCAAAUGGAGUUAAUUAUUAUUAUUAGAGUGAUGGAAAAUAAUUAGAAAACAGAAAGAAUGCAAAUCAAAUAUAAUCACUUAAUUCUUCAUAAUAAAAAUAAUAAUAAUCUUUUGAUAGAAGAUUAUCUGCUUAAAAAAUAUAAAAUACCCAAUUUACUUGUAAUUAGAAUAAUAUGAAAUGUAUCCAUAACGAUCUUAUUAAAGCUUCACCUGUAUUUAGUUGUUGUAAUUAGGUAUUAUUUAAAUUAAUAUAAUUUGUAGGCAUUUCCAUGUUAUGAAUGUCAUGAUAUGAUAUCUACACAUAAAGCACAUAUAACAGUACCUUCUUAGAGAUUUUGUUAGAAUUGUCAUGAAACAUUCUCUGUAAAUUUAAUGUCUACAGUAGAUGUAAAAUGUUAUAAAUGUUAAUGA